AUGCUGUCCCUUAUAGGUAGAAACUCCCUUCAGUGGUCUUCCAAAAGGACUAUAACUUCCAUAGUUUCAUCUUUCUCUCCGAUCUCAUCAUUACCACAACCUGGCUCAAGUAAUUUAACUUUUAGGCCAUCUGCAUUUGCUUCAAUUGGCGUACCAGUGGUUUCUACACUAUUGGGUUUUACUCAAAGACGGUGGAAGAGUAGAGGUAACACAUUUCAGCCUAGCACUCUAAAGCGCAAGAGGAGAGUAGGGUUUUUGGCUAGAGCCCGAAGUAGAACCGGUCAAAAUAUACUGAAGAGGAGAAGAGACAAGGGCAGGUGGUACCUAACUUACUGA